CAAUGAGCGCGCACCAGCCGAUAGAGUCUGAGCAGAAGCAUCUCUCUGAGGAAGAUCGCGUGCGUCGAUCAACUUUCAUUCCGCUAAACAUGGAGAACUCUAGCAGCUGACGAUUCCUUCAACCUUCUCUUUUCACACUUCCCUUCGUCCGGUCACCGAUCCGUCAGCGACCCGCGUCUGUCUCAGUGCGAGGAUGAAGAUCAUCAUCGGGAUCGGAGGGGUCACGAACGGCGGUAAAACAACACUGACGGACCGUCUGGUCAAGAACCUGCCCAACUGCUGCGUGGUCCAUCAGGACGAGUUCUUCAAGCCCCAAGAUGAGAUUGAAGUUGAUGAAGAUGGCUUUAAGCAGUACGAUGUCAUCAGCGCUCUGGACAUGGACGCCAUGAUGAGCACCAUCCGCGCCUGGCAGCAGAACCCCGUCAAGUUCGAGCGAUCCCACGGUGUCAACAGCUCUCUGGACUCGGAGAUCCUUCGGCACGCUCCGGACGAGGAUGGAGGCGUUCACAUCCUGAUCGUGGAGGGCUUCCUGCUCUACACCUACGGACCUCUGAUCGAGGUGUUCGACCAACGCUACUUCAUUUCCAUCCCGUACGAAGAGUGCAAAAAGAGGAGGAGUUCAAGGAACUAUUCGGUGCCGGACCCCCCCGGUCUGUUCGACGGACACGUGUGGCCCAUGUAUGUCAAACACACUCAGAUCAUGGAAGACUCCGGGGUUGAUGUCGUGAAACUAGACGGAACCAUGUCCAAGGAACGGCUGUACAACAUCGUGUACGGGAGCAUCCUGAACCGUCUGCCCUGACCACAGAUCGGCUCCAGCGCUUCACAUCGCCUGCGUCUGCAUCGCUGCUGUUUAUAUCUCUGUAUUUAUUGUUAAUCCAGCUGUUAUAAGGCUAUGUUUAUAUCAACAUCAGGAUGGAGAGACUGUUCUGAGCAUGCACAAGCAAAUAAACGAAGCUCCUGCAACA